CAGUAACAAUUUUUUUGACAGCAUUAAAAAAAAAUAGUGUAGAAAUCUAACUAUAAAUACUCCAAUUGUCUUUGGUCCAGUAUGGUAAAUUCAAAAAGUAGCCUUCAGUGACAAUGGCCAAUCAACCGCCCCCGACGCAGCCCGCUCGCAAGGAGAAGCGCAUCGAGCGGGACGAGAACCGUGGCCAGUGGAAGUCCAAGUCGGAGUUCAUCCUCUCGCUCCUCGGCUAUGCCAUAGGCAUUGGCAAUGUGUGGCGCUUUCCCUAUCUGUGCUACCGCAGUGGCGGCGCCGCCUUUCUCAUCCCUUACAUACUGAUGGUCAUUUUAGCUGGUAUUCCCCUGUUUUAUAUGGAGAUUCUGCUCGGACAGUUUUCGAGUACUGGAUGCACGGGAAUGUUUCGCUUAGCACCCCUGUUAAAGGGAACUGGGUUCGCUCAGGUGGUGGUGAACGCAUACUGUGUGUGCUACUACUCGGUGAUUAUAUCGUAUCCCAUCCGCAUGAUCUCGUACUGCUUCUUUAAGAAGGUACCCUGGGAGGACUGCAAUAAUCCAUGGAACACUGACGAAUGUGUCCACGGUCCUGAAUUAGGACAGCAUAACAUAACCGAAGGAUUUAAAACUGCCGCCGACGAGUUUUUUCAUAUCUCCAUUUGCAGCCUAGAAGUCCUUAGAAUCUCAUCGGACAUCUCCCAUUUGGGCGGAAUGGUGUGGGAACAGUUCCUCAGCUUGUUGAUCACCUGGAUUAUUAUUUACCUGUGCUUAAUGCGCGGUAUCAAGACGGUGGGCAAAGUCGUGUACUUCACGGUGCCCUUUCCCUACCUUCUGCUCUUCAUCCUGUUCGUCAGAGGUGUCACACUACCAGGAGCCUGGACGGGGGUCAAGUUCUACCUGUAUCCCGAGUGGGAUCGCCUGCUGGACUUGAAAGUCUGGGCCGAUGCCGCCGUUCAGAUGUUCUUCGGUUUGGGACCCGGUUGGGGUGGUCUCGUCAAUAUGGCUAGUUUCAGCAACUUUCGGAACAACGCCAAGUACGACUCGUUUCUCAUAGUAACGAUCAACGUGUUCACUAGCAUCUUUGCGGGCUUUGUUGUCUUCUCCGUGCUGGGUUUCCUUUCGGAUAAGUCGGGCAUUCCUGUGGAAUCGGUGGCCACAGGUGGAGCUGGACUGGCCUUUGUCACCUAUCCGGAGGCCAUUGCCAUGUUGCCAGUUCCACAGCUCUGGGCGCUGAUGUUCUUCUGCAUGCUCUUUCUGCUGGGUAUCGAUAGUGUGUUUGUUCAACUGGAGGCCAUCAUGUCAUCUAUUCUGGAUGAGUGGACUUGGGUAAGAGACCACAAAUGGAAAAUGACCAUUAUUUGUUGCGUCUUUUUUUUUUGGGUCUCCUCCAUAAUGUGCACAAAUGGUGGCAUGUACGUUCUCCAGCUUUUCGAUUGGUACUCCUCGGCGAUAGCUGUAAUUGUUAUCUGUCUGGUGGAGAUUAUUAUGGUAGCUUGGAUUUAUGGCAUUAAAAACUUCAUGCUGGAUAUCGAAUUUAUGCUCGGAGAAAGGCCAAGUCUAUAUUGGAGAAUUUCGUGGCAAAUCGUCACUCCCAUAGUCCUAAUCUUUAUUCUCAUUACGAGCAUCGUGUUCAUACGAACGAUCACCUACAACAACGUUCCUUAUCCACAGUGGGCCAUUAUUAUCGGUUGGGCCAGUUUUGCAUCAUCAGUUAUGUGGAUACCGCUCUACAUAUUCUAUAUCAUGAUCCGCAAGCGUGCCACAUUAUGCGACAGCCUGAAGAAGCGACUCAAGCCCUUGGAUUGGACUCCGGCGGAUCCGCAGGAUCGGGCUGACUACGAGGCCUUCCGAAAGCAACGCCAAAUGCCGGGCUUUAUGUCUGAGACAGACGUGGAGGGCACCAAAUAGAUUUUAUACCUAGAUUUUUAUAUCCUUCUGUUUUUGCAUUAUUGGUUACAGUUAGUUCAUCUGCUGGGCAAUCUGAUGGGUCACCAUAUCCAUCUCAACAGGAUACCAAUCGCUUGCAAACGCAGCUGCCUGUGCGGUAAAGUCAACAUAUUCAAUUGCCAUAUAUUGGCAAAAAAGAUUUAUUAGACGUAUUGGUAACCAGACAUAUCACCAAAGGAACUGGAACUAUGAAGCGUAGAAUGGAAAGAGCUGACCCAGUAGAUCCAAAAAAUCAGCAAAAUAAGAAGGAAAUGUAGCAGACUGUUUGAUAAAAUUAUAUCCAGACCCAAGUCAGUUAAAAAAUCAUCCCUCUGUCCGAAAGAUACUUAUUUUUAGUACCAAUUUGUAAAAAUAUAAUAAUCAAAUAUGUUUUAUUUCUCUA